AUGGUAAGCAAAACUCAAAAGGGAGGUGAAGGAUGUGAUGGGUCAUCGAAGCAGACACAUUUAAGUAAAGGAACUGGAGGAGAGAAAGUAAAAGGGGAAAUUGCAAAAUUACAUGAAUGGUAUAUUAAUAAAAAUAUCGAAGAGAAAAAAAAAGAUAAUGUAGAUAUAAUAAAUAAUAUAGAAAAAUAUUUUGAAGAUGCUGAAUUAACAGGAAAUGUAGAAGAAUAUAUAAAUGUAAUAUGUAGAAUAAAAAAUAUAACAAAUAACAAUGAUAGAACAAAAAAUGAAAAUGACAUGGAUGAAGAUGAUAUAGAUGUAAUUAAAAAAGUUGCCAAUACAAAAUUAUUAAUUGAUACAUAUCAAAUGGGUACAAAGAGUGGUGUUAAUUUUGAAUAUACCUAUGAUAGAGUAUAUGAUAUAAAUAAUAAUAAUAAUAUGAUUUUUAAUGAUUAUAUAAUAAAUAAUAUAAAAAAUAUAUUUCAAGGUAUAAAUUGUAGUAUAUUAGCAUAUGGACAAACAAGUAGUGGAAAAACACAUACGAUGUUAGGAAAUUUGGAAUACCUUCAUAAUUUAUUUAAAUUAUAUGGAGACAAUAAAAAUGACCAAAAUAGUAAUAUUAGUCAUAUAAAAUUAUCCUAUAAUGAAUUAAUUAAUUGUAUUGUUAAUGAACCAGAAGAUAUUGGAUUAAUAUUGAAUUGUAUAAAUUACAUAUUUAUGUAUAUAGAUUAUCAUGGAAAUAAAAAUAAAAAUAAAAUAGAUGAAUUAAAAGCAGAUAAUUCAUUAUCUAUUGAACAUAACAGAAAAGAAUUUAUAGUUACUUUGUCUAUUAUAGAAAUAUAUAAUGAAGUUAUUUAUGACCUUAUUAGUGGUGAAAAGAAUUUAUCAGUUAAUAUGAUUGACCCAAAUAAAAAUGAAUUUGUGAUUAAAAAUUUAAAAGAAGUUGAAAUUGAAAAUGUAAUUAAUGCUUUACAAUAUUUAGAAGAAGGAGUAAAAAAUCGUAAAAUAGCUUUUACUCAUAUGAAUAAAUCAUCAUCUAGAUCCCAUUUAAUUUUUAUAAUAAAAAUUAAUAGAUAUAUAUAUAAAACAAAUACUAUUAGAUGUGGGAAAUUAUGUCUUGUUGAUUUAGCUGGUAGUGAAAGAUUAAAACAAACAAAAGCUACAGGAACUAUAAAAAUUGAAACAACUAUGAUAAAUAAAAGUCUUAGUGUUCUUAGUAAAGUUAUUAAUGCAUUGGCUGUAAUGCAAAUUAAAGAAAAAAUCGAAAAAAAUAAUAAAGACAAACUUCGAGAAAUUAAUGAAAUAUCAGAACAAAAAGAUUCUAAUGAAAUAGAUGAUCUAUAUGGAAAAAAAGAAGAUAACAAUAAUGAUACCAACAUUCCUAAGCGUAUAUCUAAUACAACAAAAAAAGCAAAAUGUGAUGGAAUAAAUAAUAAUAUGUAUAUACCAUAUAGAGAUUCCAAAUUAACAAGAGUACUAUCAGACAGUUUAGGAAAUAAUUGUAAAAGUAUACUUAUAUGUACAAUAUCAUCCCAAUUAAAAUAUUUAAAUGAAACAGCUUCAACUAUUAAAUUUGCACAGCGAGCUAAAAUGGUAAAAGCCAAACCAGUGAUUAGAGAAGAAAAGAUAGAAACCAAAUCUAAAACACCAGAAUUGGAUAAUGACCAUUUGGAAAAUGAUGACGAUAAUAAUGCUAAUAAUAGUGGAAAUAACAAGUUUGAUAUAUUUGUCAAUUUUAAUAAAAAACAUAUAACAAAAGAUAUAUUAUUUUUUUCAUAUAGUUUAUGUAUUUUUAGUUAUAUCUGUGGUUUUAAAAGUACAGGAAAAGUAAAAUAUUUAGACUUUUUUAUAGAAUCUUAUAAAAAUAAAAUAAACAUAAUAAAAGAUCAACUAAAUAAGUCUACAUGUAAUAACGAAAUAAAUGAAUGUAUUUUAAAAACUUUUGAUGAGUUAAAACUACUUACUGAAGUUGAAAGAAAGAAGUUAAUAAAUUUUAUGCCAAACCAAGGAGAAGUAAACAAAAUCGAAGAUAAAAUUAGCAAACCUGGCAAAGAAGAAAGCAAUGCAAAUAAUACAGAAACAUUAACACAUCAAAAUUUAAAACGAAUGAGUUAUAAUACAAAUUUAUAUAAAUUUGGAAAAAAUUAUGAAAACCAUGAAGAAGAUGAUGAUCCAUUGAUAGGAGAUAUUUUAGUAAAAAUGAAAAAUGAUAUAUGUAAUAUUAUUAAAUUUAAUUUAAAAAUUUUAAAAGAUGUUAUGAAAACAGAUGAUGUAACAUUUGAUGAAAUGAUAGAUAUUGUAAAUACUAUGAAAGAUAAUAAUAAUAUUUUCUUACUAAAUGAACUUAAUGAAAUUAAUGAAAAAAAUAAUUUUGAUGAGAACACCAAAUUAGACAAUGAUAAUAAUACCUUAGAAAAUGCUCAUAGUAAUAAUACUAAUUGUGAAGAUAGUGGAAAAAAUAAAAUUCAUCAAAAAGGUCAAAAAGAAAUUAAUAUAAAAGGAGAUAAAAAACGUGGUGAUUUAAAAAAAAAAAAAAAUACGGCAGAAAUGGACGAAACAAAUCAAGAUAGUAAAAUGGGUUUACAUAAUGUGAAUGACGAUAAAAAUAUAUUAUCGGUAGCAUUAAAUGGGAAACAUUUAUAUUUUGCUAGAAAUAUAUUAAGUAUAAAAAAUAUUCAAAAUAUAUUUAAUUAUAUAAAUAAUAAUUAUACCAAGUUUAUAAAUGAUUUUACUACAGAUAAAAGUACAGUAUUUACUAAUUUCGAUUUAAAAGAAAAUUUAGAUAGACAAGUUAUUGAAAAAAAUAAUACGAUUUAUAAUUUUAUUCAUUCUGCUACUAUGUUUCAAAAUAGUGGAACUUUAAAAAAUCUGAAUAGUAAUUAUAUUAUAAAUAGAAUGCAAACUGAAUUUUUUAACAACAAUUGUAAUCAUCCAAAUAUUAAGUGUGUAAAAAAUAUGAAUGACAAUUAUGCUCAAAGUAAAGAUUUUGAAGGAAUACAAAACUAUACUAGUAAUAAUGGAAAAAUUUUGAUAAAUAGUCAUGCAUAUAAAUCAAAGUCUCACCUUUCUGUAACAGAUUUACAACAUAGUGAUCCUUCUAAAUCUGUAGAUGCAUCAAACAUAGAAACAGAUAAAAAUGUAAAAUUUUCAACAACAGAAAAUGGUUCAAACGUAUCAUUUGCUAAUGAAACGGAUAAACAAAAAGGUAUAGAUCAAAAUGAAUUAGACACAAGUUAUAAAUCGGAAUCGUUAUUAACUCUUUUCAGUUCUGAGAAAAAAAAUGGUGUAAAUUUUGAGCCAGCCAAAAUGGGUUCUAAAAAAGAGCUAGAUACACGAACUAUUAAGGUUUCUAGAAAUGAAGAAUACAUUGUUGAAUUUGAAAAACUUUUGGAAAAUGAGGACUUUAAAAAAUUAUACGAAUUUAUAAUUGAUAGAGAAAAAAAAUCAGAUGAAAAUAAUGAGGCACCAAAUGUAAAACCACCAGAUGAAUUAUUAGAUGAUGAUAUAUUAAGAAAAUUAGAAUCUAAAAUAAAUGAUGAAAUUCGAAAAAUAAAUAAUAAUGUAGAUGUUGAUAUUCGUUAUAAAAAAAAAGGAAUAGAUAAAAGAAAUAGACACAAACAUAAAAAUCAAAAUGAUUCAAACUCAAUUUUUUGUAAUCGUAAAAGUGAUAUAAUAAGUAGUGAAUCAUCAAAUGAAGCCUCAAGCCAUAGCAAUAAUAGAAACAAUAACAACAUUCGUUAUAGAAAAAAAAAAAUAAAAAAUAAUAUUUUAAAUCAAAAUGAGAAUGUUUUAGGAAUUCCAUAUAUAAAUAAUGCAGAUAUAUCUUAUUUAGAAACAAAAAGAAAUACUAAUGUGUUAUUUAAAAAUUUAUUUACUAUGAUUCGAGAUUUUUUUAAUUUUGGCAAUGAUCAACCAUCUAUUAAUGAUCCAAUUGAAAUUAAUAUCCCAGAAAUAAUUAAUAAUGAAUUAUUAUAUAAUAAAAAGUUUUUAGAAAAAAAUUUAGAAUCUUAUAAUAUUAGAAAUUUUCAAAUUAAUAAUAAAAAAAUGUAUCUUUUAAAUGAAUCUGAAUAUGCACAUUUAAAAGAAUUAAUAAAUUAUAAAAACAAAAUGAUAUACUUUUUAAAUUUAGAAUACAAAAAAUGUAAACUCUCAGCAUGA